CCCAAAAAACAAAUACUUCUAAUACUCUUUGAAGUAAUUAGCAAAUUCUCUAGUCCUAAAAAAAAAUGACAUAUUUUGCAAUUUUCCUCCUUUUGUCUCUUUUUUCUAUCAUUUCUCAAGCACAAAUUGUCGAAGACUUUUGUGUCGCGGAUUACACUCUCCCUAGCGGUCCAGCAGGGUACUCUUGUAAAAAUUCCGCUAAAGUCACAUUUGAUGAUUUUGUUUUCACGGGGCUAAGUGCCCCGGGAGACACAAAAAACAUUUACAAGGCAUUCGUUACCCCGGCAUUUUCCUCCGAAUUUGCGGCCUUCAACGGUCUAGGGCUUGCCAUGGCCAGGUUAGACUUCGCCUUAGAUGGAGUUAUAGCGUUGCAUGUGCACCGUACCUCCGAGGUUCUUGUAUUGGCUCAAGGUGAAAUUAUUGCUGGAUUCAUUUCCACCAGUAACACAGCUUAUUACAAGAAACUCAAAGUUGGUGAUAUUAUGGUUUUCCCACAAUCACUCUUGCACUUCCAACUUAACGUUGGUAAAACUCCGGCGGUUGCAUUCGUUACCUUGAAUAGCGCGAAGCCGGGGCUUCAAUUCAUCGAUAAUUCUCUCUUUGCUGGGAAUUUCCCUACUGAUCUUGCGGUUAAAACCAUGCUUCUUGAUGAUAACCAAGUCAAGAAGCUUAAGAAGGCGUUUGGUGGUAAACAUUGA